AACCAAAUCUACCAUCACAAUCUUGUCAGAUUCAAUUAUACCAUGUAUGAUGUGCGAAGGGCUCAAGACGUCAUAAACUUGAAGACUCCGCAUUGUAACAUAAUGCUCCUCCAACGUAAUUGCAAUGAUGGAACUGAUGAAAAUUACUGCUAUGCCAAGGUUUUGGGCAUACACUACGUUAAUGUUGUUUGCACAGGGAACGUCUACGAAUCUCACCAAAUAGAAUUUCUGUUUGUUCGAUGGUACGAAUCCAUACAAAACCAUGCUUGGGAUUGUACAUUGGGCCAUGUUAGGUUCCUACCCCUCACAAGCCCAAACACAUUUGGCUUUGUGGACCCGAGAGUUGUUCUCAGGGCAUGCCACAUUAUCCCUGCAUUCUCUCGAGGCCAGCGCAAUCCGAAUGACGGGAUU